AUGGCGUCGGGUCACCUAAGCAAAAUAAGCAGCCUCAUAACAUGCGUUUACAAAUGUAAUAGAUUACGGAUUCCUCAAGCUUGCUUGGUUCAAUUUCGAGAUGCGUCCAAUCGAUCGAUUGAUGACUGCAGUGACGUGGAGAUCGGUUUGACUUCAGAUGGGAAGACAGUUGUCUGUUAUCAUCCUCCCGUGGACAUUCCAUAUGAGCUCACCCAGCCCAUCGAGCGGCCUGACCCGCUCUGCAACCCCCCCGAGACUCAUGAGCAAGUGCUGAAGGCACACCUCAGCAAGGAGAUGCCGAGGAACCAAAAGGGUCCCAGUGUGGAAGAGCUGAGCAAGAUGUUUUUCACCACAAAACACCGCUGGUAUCCGUUUGGACAGUAUCGCAUGAGGCGCAUUAAGAAGAACCCACCAAAAGACAGAUAG